UACAUCAUUUCCGUUGCCCAUAUUGGUAAAUUUCCUUCAUUUGUCUUCUUUUGUGAACUGCUUCAAUAAUACUGUCGUGUAUCGUGGAUAUUUUUUACAUGUAGAAAACACUUUGUAUUUUCUCAUAACUUUCUUGAUGCUAGCAUGGGUGGUGAAAGUUGAUAUGUGGUGAUAUCAAGCGAUCAUAAGUUCAGUGGAGAUUAUGUUGAACUUGGCAAGUGUAGAUAUUACAAAGCAAGCAAUUAUUGAUCGCUUGUUGGAUGGAGUAAAGCAAUGUCAGGUACGAUUUGGUAGUACAACCGAAUUGGCUUCUGAGAAGGAUAGCAGAAUCUCUUGUCUUUGUGAGCAAUGGAACAUUGUUCUUCGAUUUGGCAUUAAAUCCACAAAAAAGAUAAAUUCUUUAAGGCAGGUGUUAAUGAGAUCUGAAGGUCAAUCUGUGUUCUGGCUAUUUAUCAAGGAACAUCUUAGCUCUAGUGAAAUAAAGACAUAUAAUUCUUUACAUAAUGUAAUGACAGAUGUUGGUAGAGCUCAAGCAUGGCUUAGGUCUAGUUUAAACGAGCAAUCACUGGAGAAAUAUCUUCAUAGCUUCAUUGGGCAUAAACAAUUGCUUUUUCAGUAUUAUGAGGAAGAUGCAUUGUUAUUGGAUGAUGAACGAUCUAGUAUGUUACCAAUGAUGGCUGCUGGCUUAAGUUCAAUUCUUUUUGCAAUUGACAUUGACAAAGCUGAGCUUAACUCUAUUACUGUACAGAUUCCAGGAAAUAUCAGCCAAGCAGUUUCUCGUCCAACAUCAAUAUGGGCUGUACCAUCACCAAUGUAUGCGACGUCAGGAGCUCCUGGUGAAGUUUGUUAAAUACAA